AUGUCAAAUUUAUUUGUAAAUGAUGAUGAUGAUGAUGAUGUACAACAAAGAUAUCAACCAACUACUACUUCUAUAAAAGAAGAAACUGAAGAAGAACCAGAAAUAGUAAUUAAAAAAGAAUAUGGUAAUGAUAUACAAUUAGAAUAUCAACAAUUUGAAGAUAACGCAGAAGAAGAUGAAGGUGAAGAUGACCAUGAUCCAAUUAUAGAUUCAAUACCAUUAGUUAUGAAUACGGUUUCUUCAAAACAAAGACAUCUGUUACAUAUUUUACAAUAUCCAGGUAGGCCCAAAAAUAGACCACUCAAUAAUGGUGCAUAUUCUGGUUCAAUAAAAUUAGAAUCUCAAUAUCUUGAAAUGACAGUACCUGCUGAACAACAAUUUUUUAACAAAAAUAAAAUAGACAAAUGGGGUGAAGAUAUAACUGAACAGAAACUCAGUGGUGUUUUGGAUAAAUUAGAAUCUGGUGCUUUUGCGGGUAAACUUAUUAAUGAUGGAAACGAAAGAAAAGUAGUUUUGAUCCCCAUUGAUUCUUCAGCUCAAUUAAGAACAAGUUUUAAAUACAUAGACAAUUCAGAUAAUGCAAAUCAUCAAAUGUUAAAAAAAGAAUAUGCAAAACCAGAAAGUGAAGUUAAAAAUGUUACAAUUUUGCAAAGUGCAGCAAAAAAUUCGACGCAAAAUCAAGACGGAUUUGCUCAUACUUUAGGAGACUCAUUAAAACUGAUUAAGAAAUUUGAUGAAGAAAAAUGGAAAUAUUUAAAUUGGAGAAAUAAUAAGAAUGAUCCAAUUAUAACGAAUUUAAAAAAUGAGUUAGAGAAUGGUUCAAAUCAUAUUGAAUUAUCAACAAAUACACAAUUUGAAGAUUAUAUAGAUAAAUUAAUAAAUAACUAA